AUGACAAGGGACCAGAAUGGAACCUGGGAGAUGGAGAGUAAUGACAAUUUUGAAGGAUACAUGAAGGCUCUAGAUAUUGAUUUUGCCACCCGCAAGAUCGCAGUACGUCUGACUCAGACAAAGAUCAUUGAACAAGACGGCGAUAACUUCAAGACAAAAACCAACAGCACAUUCCGCAACUAUGAGCUGAAUUUCACUGUUGGAGUGGAGUUUGAGGAGUGCACGAAGGGCCUGGACAACCGGACUGUUAAGACGCUGGUCACCUGGGAAGGUGAUGUCCUUGUGUGCGUGCAGAAGGGGGAGAAGGAGAACCGUGGCUGGAGGCAGUGGGUUGAAGGGGAUAAGCUGCACCUGGAGCUGACCUGCGGUGACCAGGUAUGCCAUCAAGUGUUCAAGAAGAAGUAA